AUGUUUUAAUAGAAUUUGCCUUUUCAACAAGGGUAAAUUAUCCCUGCUCCUAGCUUAAAACAUCCUAAAAGAGAAUUCAAAAUAACAAGCUAAAUAAACAAAUUUAAUUAAAGUAUAAUUUAUUAAGUAAUUCCCUCCAACUGGUCAAUUAAAAAUGAAGUUGCACUACAAGCUUUUCCUUUUCAUUUGAAUAAUACAUAAAACCUUAAGAAUAUUUAUCAACAGAUUAAAGAUUAUUAAAAAAAAUAAAAUUUACAGGCUUCAGAUUGUAAUCCAUCAGGAAUUAUUAUAAUUUAUGAUUAAUUUGAGUUUCAACAUCAAUUAAUAAUAGUAAUGGAAUUAGGAUAAGCUGAUUUAGUCACUCAUUUAUAAAAAAAUUAAUUAGAUAUUUAAUAGAAAUAAUCAAUUUGUUUACAAGUAAAUAAUUAUAGGUUUAUUAGGUAUUAUAAUCAAUUUAGUUCUUACAUGAAUAAAAUUGGAUUCAAUAAGAUGUUUAACCAAAAAUCUUUACGAUGGUUGGCUAAGAAGUUAAAUUGUUACAUUUAAAGUUAUGUGAAUCAAAGAAUCCUGUCCUAUUUGCUCCUCUAUUCUUUAAUUAGAAUUAUCAAGCACUUGAAUUAUGUGAAAUUUAAUCAUAUCAUAGUUAGGCUUCAAACAUUUGGGCUGUAGGAGUAAUCUUUUAUGAAAUUAUUAGUGGAGAAUAACUCUUUUGUAAUAAUUUCAUUUAAUCAUUUUUGGUAGCUUUUAAAUCUGGGCUAGAUAAAGAACAAAUAAAACUAUAGUUAUUUAAUUAGUAGGAAAUUCAAAGAAAAAUUAAUCAAUUGGAGAUUAGUUAUGAAUGGAAACAGACAAUUUUUUAAAUGUUUAAUCCUAAUUAACUUUUGAGAAUAACUGCUUAGCCUGCAUUUUAAAAAUUGAGUCAAAAUAAUAUAGCUCAAAUUUGCAAAAUAAAAUAAAUUUAGCCAAAUUUUUCCCAUUUUGCAAACAUCAAUCUCUAAAUUAAUUAAAUUACUUAACUCUUGGAAUAAUAAUUAAUCGUUCCUUAAACUCAAUUAUCUACAGUAGCACUUAAAUAAUUGAAACAAACAGUGAAAAGGCUUUUAUACAAAUUAAACAAUUAAGAGGUGAAUCCUUUUUCAUAAAUUUAAAAGAAAUUGCCUACGGAGAUUUCUAAUUUAUUGAAAGUUUUUAAAAAUAAAAUAAAAGAAAUAGAAUAGAGUUAUAAUUAUGAAGAUGAAUAAAUUUAAGAGCUAAAAAGGGUUUAAGCAAAAUUAAAAGAAUACUAAGAUCAAAUUUAAAAUUCUUCAAAUAUCAAAACUUAAAUAAAGUAAUGCAAUGAAAAAAUUAUACAAGCCAAAUAAAUGUAAAAAGAUGUAAAAGAAUGUUAAGCUUUAGAAAGAAAACUUAAGGAGUUUAAUUAUGAUAAAUUACAAAAUGAAUGUAGAGACUGUUAAGAGAAGAUUUUGAGUUUAGAAAAAGAAAUAGAAUCUGCAAAAUUUAUGCAUCAAAAAAAAAUAAAAUUAGAAAAAGAGUAUGAAGACAAAAGAAUUAAAUUUUAAGAACUAAAUAAGGAAGAUUUAAAUACUUAAUUUUUGAAAUUAAAAGGUGAAGUAAUAAAUUUAGAAUUAUAGAUUGAAAUGAAGUAAGAAUUAGCUAAUGAAAUAUCAAGUCUUAAAAGUCAAAUCAAUAGUAAGAAAGUGUAGCUAGAAAGCAAUGAAUAGUACUCAUAAAAAUUAAGAGAAAAAAAAAGUUUAGAAAAAUAAAUCUAAGAUCUAUAAGAGGAUUAGGAAAAGGUUACUUUAUAAGAAAAUCUAAAUAAGAUUUAUACCUCAGAGCAUUGA